GGAAUUGAGGAAAGACGCAUCCACGACAUCGACUCAUAACUCGCCAAUCUCCUACACGUUUACUAGUUCACGCCAAUUUUUGCUUCUCGACGGAUCAGCUUGGCACACAAUUCAAGCGUAGGCAUUCUUUUUGUAAAUUCAGCCAUCUGAAUUUACUUAUUUAACGAAAACCUUCCGUAAGAGAGGAUUAGUGUUGAGUCGAAGUGGAUUUUCACGGCUAGCAUUCAGCUACGAAAAAAAACAACAAACCCAGAGCGCGAUUUUUUAUUUUUCUGACAAGCAAAACUCUGCGUAUAAACAACCUAACAACCUGUUUUACUUUCACGGACGACGGAAAAAAAACUAUUAUAAUGCUUUAUAGCUAAAAACACUUUUUAUUUGAUCGAAUAUAACGUUAGUCUCUUUUUUUGAGGACAUUGUCAUUUCCUCGCUAAGCUAUCAACUCUAGACAAAGAAAGAAAAGCAGCUUUCAUCGCCUCCUCACUUUUUGAAGAACAAACCCCACUUUUGAGUCUAGUUGGGUAGAAAUAAAGCAGAAAUGGCCCAGCAGAGCAGUGCUCAGGUCGCCAGCUCACAGAAAGCUUUAAUGCUGGAGAUGAAGUCUCUACAGGAGGAACCAGUGGAGGGUUUCAAGAUCACUUUAGUGGACGAAGCUGAUCUCUACAACUGGGAAGUGGCGAUUUUUGGACCCCCAAAUACUCACUAUGAAGGGGGCUAUUUCAAGACUCGCAUCAAGUUCCCGAUCGAUUACCCAUAUUCCCCACCCACGUUCAGAUUCCUCACCAAGAUGUGGCACCCCAACAUCUAUGAGAACGGGGACGUGUGCAUCUCCAUUCUGCAUCCUCCAGUAGAUGAUCCACAGAGCGGAGAGCUUCCCUCAGAGAGGUGGAACCCCACACAGAACGUCAGAACUAUACUGUUGAGUGUCAUCUCUCUACUGAACGAACCCAACACGUUUUCUCCAGCCAACGUGGACGCCUCCGUCAUGUACCGCAAAUGGAGAGAGAGUAAAGGAAAAGACCGGGAAUAUGCAGAAAUCAUUAGAAAACAGGUUCUGGCCACUAAAGCCGAGGCGGAGCGGGACGGAGUGAAAGUUCCCACCACGCUGGCGGAGUAUUGCGUCCGCACGCGCGCCCCUGCACUGGACGAGGGGUCCGAUCUGUUAUAUGACGAUUACUAUGAUGAUGAGGACUUGGAGGAUGAGGAUGGUGAGGACUGUUGCUAUGACGAGGACGACUCCGGAAAUGAGGAAUCAUGACAACAUUCCCAUGUUCAUUCUCGUCUUCAUCAGCAUUACCCCGAGAGUGGAAACUUUUAGGCAUGCGCCCUGCAUUUACACUCACUCAGAUGGCCAUUUUUGUUUCCUUAAUGGACUGAAAUGAGAGAAUUUUUUUUUUUUUUUUUUUUUUUAGCUUUUAUGUUGUUUUCCCUCUGUGUCAUAAUUUUGCUGGCCUUCAGGACUUUCUGAAAUCUGCUGUUUUAUUAUUUCUUUGCUUUGUGCUUUCAGAUAGCUCUGUGAAAGUUACUUCAAAAAGGAACAAAAAAAGAGAAAAAAACGAAGUGUGACUCAACUAGGCAGUGAUUCUUUGAAUGAGGCUUUAUGCUGAAUAAUGCUGAUUAUGUCACUGAUCUUUUGAGGUUUUUUAGAGAUGGUCACUUUGAUCACCCAUGCUACUUUUUUGGCCUUCAAGCACAUCUGAGCAGCUCAGCAAUAAAACAUGAGUUUGGGGGCAUGCUUUGAGUUUUUGGUUUUAAUUCCUCUUUCAUUUGAGUAAUAAUUACAUUAAAGGGAUAGUUCACUCAAAAAAAAUGAAAACAUUUUCAUUUACUUACACUCAUGUCGUUUCAAACCUGUAUGACUGACUUUCUUCUUUGAAGCAUAAGUUAUUUUGAGAAAUGGAAGUCAGUUGUCACCAGAACAGUUUGGUUACCGACUUGCUUCAUAACUAAACAAAUGAGGUUGAGUAAAUGACUGAAUUAAAAUUUUGGGGUGAACUAUCUCUUUAAGAAACCCAAAACAAAAUAAAUCAAAAAAUUAAAGAAUAAGUUGGUAUUAAAAUAAUGUAAAAAUGUAAACCUUGAAAAGACAAUGCUGAGGCCUACAUUCUACGAUGUGCUUAAAAAUCUGCAUUAUUUAACUUAGUGUCACUUUAAAUUAUUGAAAUUUUCUAUUACUUUGUUCCAAGAUAUAGGAGCUUAUCAGAUAAUCAAUGUAGUCAGGCUUAAUCUGGUAGGUUGGCGAGCGGAUGUUGUUUUUUCUGUUAAGAUAAGUUUAUUUGAAUGUUUUUUAAGCAAUGCUGAUAUUCCUGUGUUGUCCUCCUAAGUGAAUCUUAUCUGUUGUGUUUUUUUGAGUUUUUUUCCAUCACUGAAGCAUUUGUUGUUUUAUUUGGGAUGUAGGGUGACUUUUGGACUAUUGAAAGUUUUUUUUUUUUUUUUUUUUUUUGCCGUUUCUUUUGCAUUAUGGCUCCAUGAAUUGGCAGCAUGUUGUGAUGUGAUCGAGGAGGCUGGUGAGAGCUGCUGUCCGUCUCAGAUUUGAAUUGGAUCUCAUACAGACUGACUCUCAGGAUCAGCCAGUCUGAAAAAAGAAAAAAACUACCAUCAACGAAAGUACUCCUUUUUUUUCACGCUUGCAAACUAUCCAUCUUUUCCAUAUUGUUUUGAGGACAAUUUACAGUCAUAUCCCAAGAGGCUGAGAUGCACACAAGGAGCUGAUUUGCCAUUUUACUGACUUGUAUGUAUUUUUACGGCUUGUUGGCCUAUUUAAAACUGAAUAAAGAUCUUUAUUAGAA